GCUGGCUCCUGCCUGAGCUGGGCUGAGUCCAGCACGGGUGAUGGAGAGCUCAGAUGGGCCCAUCCCAAUCCCUUCCCAUCCCCAUCCCAAACCCUCCACAUCAUUCCAAUGCCUUUCCAUCCCUAUCCCCAUCUCAAUCCCAAUCCCCAUCUUGUUCUAAUCCCUUCCCAUUCUCAUCCCUGUCCUAAUCCACCCAAAUCCCUUCAUACUUCCAUCCCCAUCCCAUUCUAAUCCUUUCCCAUCCCAAUUCCACACCAUUCCUGUCCCUUCCCAUCCUCAUCUCAUUUUUGCCCCUCUCUCAAUUCCUUUCCAUCUUCACCCCCUCUCAAUCCCCCUUCAUCCUCAUCCCUCUCUCACCCUCUUCAUCCUCAUCCCUCUCCCAGUCCCUCUCCAUCCUCAUCCCGUGGGACACUCAUGAGCUGGGGCAGCACAGGGGGGGUCACAGCCACAUCUCGAGGUGGGGGGACAGAAUCUCCCCGGCGCAGGGACAGAAUUCCUGGAUGCCCAGAGCCCGGCAAGAGCGGCGGAGCCGUUAUCAGCUCCGGGAUGGAUCCGGCCGCGGCCCCGGGGCGCUGGCGCUAACCGGGUUAGGCGGGAAGGAUGAUGGAUGGAGGGAUGCGGGUUGGAUGAUGGAUGGAGAGAUGCGGGCUGGAUGGAUGGGGCCGUCGCGGCUCCCCGCGGCCCCCCCGGGCCGGGCAGGGAUAAAAAGCGGCGGCGGGGCCGGAGCCGCAGCCCCUCGCCAUGAGCAGCCCGGGUGCUCUCCGAGAGGGCUACGAGCACUUCGACCCCCGCGCGUACCUGCGCAACAAUUACCUCCCGCCCCGCGCCGACUUCUCCUCCGAGGAGUUCGUGGUGCCCUGGAAGCUGCGAUGCCUGGCCGAGACCUUCGCCAGCGGUGAGAUCCGAGGGCGGACGUUGAUCGAUGUGGGCUCGGGCCCCACCAUCUACCAACUGCUGAGUGCCUGCGACCACUUUGAGGAGAUCGUGGCCACCGAUUACCUGGCGGUGAACCGGGAGGAGCUCGGCCGGUGGGCGCGGGGCGAGCCCGGAGCCUUCGACUGGAGCCCGUUCAUCCAGCACGUCUGCAAGAUCGAGGGGCGCGGGGAGCCGUGGCAGGACAAGGAGCGCCGUCUCCGCCAGCGUCUCCGCCGGAUCCUGCCCAUCGACGUUCACCGUCCGGAGCCGCUGGGAGCCCCGCUGCGCCCCCGCGCCGACGCGCUGCUCUCCGCCUUCUGCCUGGAGGCCGUGAGCCCCGACCGCGCCUCCUUCGAGCGGGCACUGGCCCAUGUGGGGACCCUGCUGCGCCCGGGGGGCCACGCCGUGCUGCUGGGGGCCCUGGGCGAGUCCUUCUACCUGGCGGGUCCCGCUCGCCUGCCCGUGGUGCCGCUGCAGGAAUCGGACGUGCGGGAGGCGCUGGCGGCCGCGGGGUUCGCGCUGCGGGAGCUGCGCAGUUACGCGAUGCCCCCCGCGCUCCGCACCGGCGUGGAUGAUGUGGACGGGGUGUUCUUCGCCCACGCGCAAAAACCGCUGGAAACAUGAGGGGAAUUCCCGGGAAAUGGCCGGGAAAUGGCCGGGAAAUGCCACCCUGCCCGGCAGCCCCGAGGGUGAGGAGGGAUGGAGUC